CUGGACCUGACGUCCAGGAAAAUUGUGUUUUUUAUUUUUUCAGCCCUUGAAGUUGAAAACCUUGUUUCUGAGUUUCUUUUUUUCUUUUUUCAGAACUAUUUGGCUCGUAACUUCUACAACCUGCGUUUCCUGGCUCUGUUUGUCUGCUUUGCCAUCAACUUCAUCCUGCUCUUCUACAAGGUAACAGAAGAAGCUGAAGACGAUGGCGAUGAUGAAAACGGCUGGGGUGAAGAUGAGGAGGACAACGAGAACACGCUGUUCGACAUGGACGAGUUCGUUCUCCAGGAGAGCACGGGCUACAUGUUGCCUGCUCUGCGCUUCCUGGCCAAAUUCCACACCGUCAUCUCCCUCGUCUGCUUGGUCGGCUACUACUGUCUGAAGGUUCCUUUGGUGGUCUUUAAAAGGGAGAAGGAAAUCGCCAGGAAGCUGGAGUUCGACGGCCUUUACAUCACCGAGCAGCCGUCAGAUGACGACAUCAAGGGCCAAUGGGAUCGACUGGUCAUCAAUACACCGUCCUUCCCCAACAACUACUGGGACAAGUUUAUUAAGCGUAAGGUGAUCAACAAAUAUGGCGACCUAUAUGGAGCUGAACGCAUCGCCGAGCUCCUGGGUCUGGAUAAGACCGCUCUGGACUUUGACCCCACAGUAGAAACGGUGGAGAAGGAAGCCUCGCUGGUCUCCUGGUUGAGUUCCAUUGACACAAAGUACCAUAUCUGGAAAAUGGGUGUUGUUCUGACUGACAACUCCUUCCUCUACCUGAUCUGGUACACCACCAUGUCCGUUUUCGGACACUUCAACAACUUCUUCUUCGCUGCUCAUCUGCUGGACAUCGCCAUGGGCUUCAAGACGCUGCGCACCAUCCUGUCUUCAGUCACGCACAACGGCAAGCAGCUGGUCCUGACCGUGGGUCUCCUGGCCGUGGUGGUCUAUCUCUACACUGUGGUGGCCUUCAACUUCUUCAGAAAGUUCUACAACAAGAGCGAGGACGAAGACGAGCCCGACAUGAAGUGUGAUGACAUGAUGACGGUACAUUGACCCUGUCUUGUUGUUCAACUUUUUAAAAAACAACAGAGUAAAAGUGAAAUCGUUCUGUAGGUCGUCUAAAGAAUGAGAAUUGAAAAAUACGGAG